AUGCAACGCAGACACUCAUUUCUUUUAGAUGAUGUCAGAAUGAUGACAAUGCUGGAAAGAAAUGAACGAAUAUUAAAUGAAUGUCUAUCUAUGCUUUUCCCAAAGAACUCUGAAACAGACAGCGACGCAAGAUGGCAGCCACCACGGGCUCGGACAAUUUAUGAAAACCGAAUAUACAGCCUUAAAAUAGAAUGUGGACCUAAAUACCCAGAAGCACCCCCCUUUGUAAGAUUUGUAACAAAAAUUCAUAUGAAUGGAGUUAAUAGUUCUAAUGGAGUGGUGGACCCAAGAGCCAUAUCAGUGCUAGCAAAAUGGCAGAAUUCAUAUAGCAUCAAAGUUGUCCUGCAAGAGCUUCGGCGCCUAAUGAUGUCAAAAGAAAAUAUGAAACUCCCUCAGCCGCCUGAAGGACAGUGUUACAGCAAUUAAUCAAAAA